AUGCGAAAUAUCAUAAUAUUUGGUGGAUCUUCACACCCAAAACUAGCCGAGCAGAUAGCAGGUCGAUUAGGAGUGUCUCUCGGCCGCGUAGAGCUUUCUAAAUUCUCCAAUAAAGAGACAAAUGUCGAGAUCCGAGAGAGUGUUCGAGAAAAAGAUGUCUACAUUGUUCAGUCAGGCUGUGGACACGUUAACGACAAUUUUAUGGAACUCUUGAUCAUGAUCUCGGCAUGCAAAAUAGCGUCUGCCGCCAAAGUUACGGCUGUAAUUCCAUGUUUUCCGUAUGCACGACAACCGGAUGCACCCUACAAGAGAAAUGGAGAACCAUUAUCAAGAAUUCCCAGGGAUAAAUUCCUCGGAUAUACGUUUGAUACGCCUCCGAAUUUGUCUACAGCUACUACUCCUAUGGAUGAAGGGAAAGACCCAUUCAACGCAACGUCGAGCAAAAUCGGUGAAGAAAAUUCGACCUGCUCUGAUGCAGACUCUAUUAAUGAAUUAAGACACUAUAAUAGCACUAUGAUGUCCUCUUCCUCUUCCUCAGGAAAGUCUGGAGCUUAUCGACAUUGGGUUGCACGAUCAGGGACAUUGAUUGCCAAUCUGUUGACUUGCGCAGGCGCUGAUCAUAUUAUGACUAUGGACCUUCAUGACCCGCAAUUUCAAGGAUACUUUGACGUUCCUGUUGAUAAUCUGUAUGGGCUUCCCUUAAUGAUCAAGUAUAUUAGGGAGAAUAUUCCUAGUUGGGAAAGUGCAGUGAUUGUCUCACCUGAUGCUGGUGGAGCAAAGAGAGCUACUGCAAUAGCUGAUAAGCUUCGUGUGGAAUUCGCGCUUAUUCACAAGGAACGCCGACUUCAACAUAAACCACACAAGGCGGAUAUGAUGUUAGUUGGACAGGUCAGAGAUAAAGUGUGCAUAAUGAUUGAUGAUAUCGCAGACACGUCAAUUACCAUAACGAGGGCAGCCAAAGUUUUAGUCGAGAAUGGAGCAAAGAAAGUGUACGCCAUUAUAACCCAUGCGAUUAUGAGUGGUGAUGCUAUCAAGCGCAUUCAGCAGAGUGCUAUUGAUCAGGUUAUCGUGAGCGAUAGUAUACCUCAGGACGAACAUUUGGUCCAAUGUUCAAAGAUAAAGGUGUUUGAGAUUGCUCCGAUUUUUGCAGAGGCGAUAAGAAGAGUGCACAAUGGGGAAAGUGUCAGUGCACUAUUUAAUGAUAGAACGAUGUUGUUAGUGUGA